AUGGCUUCUGCCGCGGAGCGUCAGCGUCGCACGAUUCAGACGGCCGCGUGCCUCAUCAUCGGCGAUGAGGUUCUUGGUGGAAAGACAGUAGACACAAAUUCGACGUACCUGGCUAAAUGGUGCUUUCAACUCGGACUUCGAUUGAAAAAGAUUGAAGUUGUUGAAGACGAUGAGGAUGACAUCAUUGAUGCUGUCCGCCGUCUCAGCACCAACUAUGACUUUGUUGUCACCAGCGGUGGUAUUGGACCUACCCACGAUGACAUCACCUACCAGUCAAUCGCCAAGGCCUUCGACUUGCCCCUUAAGCUUCACGAUGAGGCGUUCAAGAAAAUGAAGCUUCUCUCCAAACCACAUCCGUCGCAACCCAACUUCAACUGGGAGGUGGACUCGCCGGACCUGCGCGCCAAGCUGCGCAUGGUGUACCUCCCCACGGACGAGUCGCGACCUUUGACGGACCAGUUUCUCUUUACCAGCGAGGAUCUGUGGGUGCCAGUCUCGGUAGUCAAUGGCAAUGUGCAUAUCCUGCCUGGAAUCCCCCGUCUUUUCACGACAUUGCUGGACGGAAUCAGGCCACAUAUUCUCCCCCGACUUGUCGAUCCGGAAGGCAAGGGAAGCUACCGAGUCGUCAUUCAGACACCGUAUGCCGAAAGCAAAGUCGCAGCCUACCUGACCGACCUUGCAGGCCGCGUCGAGCCCAAGGGCGUCAAGGUGGGUAGCUACCCUCAUUGGGACAGAAAGUACAACACCGUGACCCUUGUAGGAAAGAACCAAGCGCUCCUGGAAAGCCUGGUGGAUGAGGUGGUUAAGAAUGUCGAAGGGAAGCGGGUGUUCAAGCCCGAGGACAUUGAAGGCGGGCCAUUGAGGGAAAGCAAGGCCUAG